GCGGCGGUUAACUGAGCAAAAGAAAAAAAGAUGGCCAGUGUAAGUGACGAAGACGUUGCUGUUCCGGAAGAAACAGGUCGUAGGAGCACCCGCUCCAAAAGGGGCAAAACUCCUCAACCGGUUGCCCCGACGCCAACGCGGUCAUCCCGGAGGAACAGAAAACAACCGGAACCGGAACCAGAGGAAGAGGAGGAGGCUCCUGAAGAGAAGAUCCCCGCCGCUAUCGUCGAAGAGGCCGCAGUGGAAUCGGACGAACCGGAUACUAACAGGGUCAUGGAACAGCUGCAGGAUUUGAUUGUUCCGGUGUUGGAAGAACAGCACAAAUCGACUGAUGAUAACAGUUCAACCAAUUUGUUCGAGGAGUUCCAAGUGGACACGAAGUCGUCCUCCGAUAAGGAGGAAGCUGGUGGCGCUCCGGAGGAAAGUGUCUUCAUUGCGAAUUUGGCAGCCGAGGAAAAUGCCAACAGUCUCCCAUCGGUUGUGGACGAAAAUUCCGCCUCGCGACCUUCAGCUGAAGCUGCUGCUGUUGCUGUUGUGGAAGAUGUAAUUUCCCUCGAUGAUGAUUCCAUUCCACAAGCACCGGAAGCUCCUUCGGAAGAUUUGAACGGUGAUAACACCGACGAAGUGACCGGUAGCAGUGAUCACGCGCUGGCUGAGAACGUGGCCAAUGGGUUCGUUGAGGAAGAUUCGAAGAAUACGGAUCUCGAUGCGGAAAUGGUAUCGGAAGAUGAACUACCGCAACCUGUGCAGCCGCAAGUUCAAGACGCGGAAGAGGUUUCUGAUGAUGAACUACCUGGUCCCAAUCGGGCCGAGUUGCCUCCCGAUGCUGAAGUCGUUUCGGAAGAUGAACUGCCACAAUCGACGGAGAAGCUUGUCCCGGAGCUCCCGACCGGUACGGAUAAUGUUUCCGAUGAGGAACUGCCCGCGGCCCAGAAGGCAGAUCUCCCGGAAGACACGGACAACGUCUCGGAUGAUGAGCUGCCAGCGGCCAAAAAAGCAGAUCUGCCCGAAGAUACGGACAACGUUUCGGACGAGGAACUUCCGGCUGCCAAGGAAGCAGAACUGCCAGCUGAUACGGAUAACGUGUCGGACGAAGAACUGCCGGAGGCAAAGAAAGCAGAUCUUCCGGCCGAUACGGACAAUGUGUCCGAUGACGAGCUGCCCGAUUCGGCCAAGAAGAAGCGUAAGCUGUCGGAACAGGCGGAGGAGGGUUCCAAGAAAAAGGAAACCGAUGCCAAAGCUGUCGAGAAACCGAAGGGAGCAGAUGAGAAGGAAAAGAAGGAACCGUCGGCUAAGCGUAAACUGGAGAAGGACGAGGACAAAGCGGCGGACAAAUCUGGAGAGGCCCCGGAGAAGAAGACCAAAGUCGACGCUGCCCCUGUCGAGCCGGAAAAGAAGAAAUUGCCAGAUUUGGACAAAUACUGGAAGGCAGUCAAUGAUGAUUCAACGGAUUUCACCGCUUGGACCUAUCUUCUUCAAUACGUUGAUCAAGAGAACGACAUCGAAGCCGCCCGGGAGGCGUACGAUGCCUUCCUGGCUCACUAUCCGUACUGCUAUGGCUACUGGCGGAAGUACGCCGACUACGAGAAGCGCAAGGGCAGCAAGCGCAAGUGCGAGGAGGUCUUUGAGCGAGGUCUGAAGGCGAUCCCACUGUCGGUGGAUCUGUGGAUCCACUAUCUGACGCACGUCAAGACCAACCAGGCGGACGAUGAAACGGCAAUCCGGUCGCAGUUCGAGCGUGCCCUGGUCUCCUGUGGAUUGGAGUUCCGAUCGGAUAAGCUCUGGGAGGCCUACAUCAAGUGGGAGAACGAGGGCAAACGCGUGGGCCGUGUGGUGGCGCUGUACGAUCGACUGCUGGCGACACCCACCCAAGGAUACGCCAACCACUUGGAUCACUUCAAAGAAGUGGCCAACAACAAUCCGGUUCAUACGCUGGUCAGCAAGGAGGAAUUCGUGGAACUGCGGGCAUAUGUGCGGGAAUCCGCUCGGAAACGUAAGGAAGAGAAGGAGAAGAAACGUGCCGGGUCGCACGAUAAGGGCAAAGACAAGCACGAUGAACACAAACCGUCCAAGUCGUCGAAGGAGAAAUCAGACAAACGGGACAAAAGUCAGGAACCGGAAGUGAAGGAAUCCAAAGAGGAAAAUGACAAACCGGAAUCGAUGGAAACGGACGAGACAAAGGUAGCGAAGCCAGCUGGGGAGGAGGUCAAGGAAGAUGAAAAGGAGAACAAGGAACCGGCCGAGGAGGAAAAGACAGACGAGAAGAUGGAAGUCGAACCAGAAGAGGAGAAGGAAGCAGAUGAUCAUGUAAACAGUUCAGAGGAAGCCGACGCCAUCAAGGAUAGGAUUAUUUCCCGGCGCAAGAAGAUUCACAAGGCAACGGUUGCCGCCGUUACAGAUCGAUGGAGCUACGAGGAAGGCAUCAAGCGGCCGUAUUUCCACGUUAAGCCCCUGGAGCGCUGUCAGUUGAAGAACUGGAAGGAAUAUCUUGACUUCGAGAUAGAACUGGGAAACGAGAAGCGUAUCCUGGUGCUGUUCGAGCGCUGCUUGAUCGCUUGCGCUUUGUACGAUGAUUUCUGGCUCAAAUUGAUCCAUUACCUGGACGCACGAUCCGAUGAACCGGAGAUGAUUCCCCGCAUUCGGGAUGCCUACGAACGGGCCUGCACCAUUCAUCACCCGGACAAACCGAGCCUCCAUCUGAUGUGGUCCGCUUUCGAAGAGACUCAAAAUAACCCCAACAAGGGGGCGGAAAUUCUGGCAAACUUGGAAAAAGUCUGCCCGAAUCUGAUGCAGGUUGCCUACAGGAGGAUAAACCUGGAGCGACGUCGUGGCGACUACGACAAGUGCGUCCAGCUGUAUCAGACAUAUCUGACGACGGCGAAGAACAAAACCAUCGCCGGUAAUGUGGUCAUCAAGUAUGCUAGGUUCCUCAACAAGAUCAAGAAGGAUCUCGAUCAAGCCCAUUUGGUGCUGAAGAACUACCUGGAGAAGGAUCCAUCGAACACGAGGGUGGCGCUACAGUUGAUCGAUUUGUCGCUGCAGCGGGACACGGUGGACGAGAAGGAGGUGGUGGACAUCAUGGAUCAGUUUAUGGAGCGCGACGGUCUGGAACCGGACCAAAAGGUGCUGUUUGCCCAGCGGAAAGUUGAAUUCGUGGAGGAUUUUGGCAGCACUGCCAAGGGUUUGCAGGAGGCACAGAAGGCACUGCAGAUGAUAAUGGCCAAGGCGAACGAGGCCAAGAAGAAGAGGGAACAAUCCCCGCCGAAAAAGUCAUCGAAGGAAGCCGCCACCAGCAGCGCUGCGGCCAGUGCAGCUGUUGCGGCGACGUCGGCCAGCUACGCCGCCGGGGGCUAUGGCUACACCGGAGCCACUCCAUCGUACUACGGUGCCGCGGCCAGUCAGUAUCAGUACGGGGACAGUUCGUCGUACGGCUAUAGUACGUGGAAUCAGCAAUAUUCCCAGUCGGGCUACGGAAACUACGGCCAAUGGAGUGGGUACGGUAGUUACUACUAACAUGGAACGCGAUAGCAAGCGCGAGUACAGACGAGUAGACGUGGUUUUACAAGUAUGGUUCUUUUCCUAUGUUUACUUAUUACAAGCUAUAACUUUGUUUUAUAGUAGGGUUAGCAAGCACACCUUCCUUUGUAUACCUGGUAUCUUAUCUUGACGACAAUUGUUGCGAGCACUUACGCUAGUAGGGACUGUAAAAUAAUGUUAGUUUCUCGCAACUCCUGCGAGGGGGGCCGCGAAGUCAGACAUGAUUUAAUUGAUUUAAUAUAAAACAAGAGAACAAUUUAGUGGAUGUGCUGUGAGUUUCGAUUAAUUGCACGGAUUUCGAGUGAAGUUCUGGUUGGUCAGUACGCAACACAUACGCGCAGAAAUAAAACAGCGAUAAUUUUUGCUCAUUUCUAUAAUUUUCGGGGCGCUUUGAAGCGAAAACAAAACAUUGCAUUGAAUCUUUACAGGCAAAAAAAAAGGAAAUAAAGCUACGGUUAAAUCGUAAAAUAA